AUGGCGGAACAACUCAAAGUAGAGAAGUAUUGGGUCCUAGUCCUCCAGGAGCAACCAAGUCUUCUGGUAGUUCUGAAAGUUGGUGUGAAUGGCAAGGCCAAAGGAUCAGCAUAUGUGGAAGCUGGAAAUACUAAAGUCAUCACAGCCAUCUAUGGGCCCAGGGAGAUUCUUCGCAGGCAGGACUUCAGAAUGAAGGGCAUACUCUAUUGUGAAGUAAAGAUAGCCAAUUUUGCUACUCAAAUGCGGGCUGAAGGAAACAAGGAAGCUAGGGAACAGGAGCUCUCUGCUGUACUCAGGCAUUCACUUGAACCAGUUGUUUGCUUGCAUUUGUAUCCAAAAUCCCAGAUUGAUGUGUAUGUUCACGUGUUGGAGGAUGAUGGGUCCUGCCUAGCAACACUCAUCACUUGUGCUGGCUUGGCUUUAUGUGAUGCUGCAAUUCAGACAUAUGAUCUCAUUGUGGGAAUGGGUCUGGUGAGUUUCUUCCAUCUCCUUUAUUGCUUAUGUGAAAGUAUGCUAGACAAUAGGUACAUAGGUGGCAAUAUAUACAUGGACCCAACACAUGAUGAAGAAAAGGAGAGUGCAUCAUCUGGAGAGAACGGUUCUGUUAUCAUUGGAUUAAUGCCAUCAGUACAACAGUUAGCCACCAUCUUUCAGUAUGGGGAUGUGAGUGCACAAAGUGUGACCAAAGCAUGUAAGGAACUGAUGUCAAUGUGUCAGGAGGUGACACCUGUAUUGCAAGAAUGUCUCUUGAAUGCAUGCCCCAAUUCCCCUAUAGCUGAAGCUGAACAUGAUGACCAGCCUGACCUUUGAUCUCUUUUCAUGGAAUGAAUUGUUUCUUUUUUUUUUCUUUCUAUUCUUUCUUGGCCAAGAAGGCCCUCUUUUGCCCGAUUGGUCUACUUCAUCUGCAACAUGAAGAAAGUCAUAUGUUAGGAUGCAUAUUAGAAUCCUAGUAUUAUGUUUCUUCUUGGUUGCAGGAGUCUCACACCCACCAAACAUGGAAAACAGCCAUGGAGGCUUGCUGAAGUGAGAGAGAAACAGGCCUCUUUCAAAAUAACACAUGUUGGGUUUCAUCUAUAUCCUAGACACUUGCAUGAUCAUGCUUAAAUCAGCCACUUGUACAUUACAGCUAGAUCUCCAAGGUUCGAGAAAACAUUGUACAUUGAAGACAGUAUUGCUUUGUAAUAUUGUAAUGUGAUAGGUUUAUGUCUGCAGAAUGUAGCACAUGGAAUCUACAGAGGAGGAUUGGGCAGGUGGAUGACCAUGAGAAUUUUAAUUUGUAAAAAGAAGUCACCAGACAAGUCAUUUUGAUAAUGUCACCUCAAGGGAACUUUUUAAUUUCAUUAUUUGCCUACUUCUGUAUAAGGAGCCCCUUUACUCAAUUUGACAUUUAAAAAGGCACAACUUCAAUAUAAAUGUUGAUGGUUUCUAGAAAUUUCUAUUGAACUUAAGGUAAUGCAAGUACAACAUCUCAGGGGAAAGAGCCUAUUUUUUUCCAUAUCAAGCCUGCAGGGUGUCCAGUUCAAUGCCUUCUUGGCCUUUUUUUAAAUAAUGAUAUACCAAUGGCAUGCAACCUUUUUUUGGUGUUUGAUCACCCAUUUUAUUUUGCUAUGGACUCCAUCUGAAGUUCCAAUGACAUCCAUUCCAGUGGUUGAGAUUGUUACCACAAACUUGUGUGUGGAGAAUUCAUUAAGGACUUAAUUAUAGGUAGUACUCCUCUCUUUUGAUGCUGACCAUAUAUAAGUCCUAAGGUCUAUUCAGAAC